AUGGCGAAGAGGAGAGGGCUGCUCUUGUCGCUGCUCUACUUGCUAGCACACUUGUGGCUCAGUUGGCAGCAGGUCCUCAGGAUUGGCGGCAUCUUUGAGACGCUGGAGACCGAGCCCAUCAGCGUGGAGGAGCUGGCCUUUAAGUUUGCCGUCACCAACAUCAACAGGAACCGGACCCUCAUGCCAAACACCACGUUGACCUACGACGUCCAGAGAAUAAAUCUCUUCGACAGCUUCGAGGCCUCCAGAAGAGCCUGCGACCAGUUGGCGUUGGGCGUGGGGGCCGUGUUCGGACCGUCGCACAGCUCGUCGGUGAGCGCCGUCCAGUCCAUCUGCAACGCCCUGGAAGUCCCUCACGUCCAGACGCGCUGGAAGCAUCCGUCCGUGGACAACCGAGACAGUUUCUACAUUAACCUCUAUCCCGAGUACACCUCCAUAAGUCGAGCCGUGCUGGACAUUGUGCAGUACUACAAGUGGAAGACGGUCACCGUGGUCUACGAGGACGCCACGGGCCUGAUUCGCUUGCAAGAGCUGAUCAAGGCUCCGUCCAGAUACAGCAUCAAAAUCAAGAUCCGACAGCUGCCGCUGGGAAGCAAAGACGCCCGGCCGCUGCUCAAGGAGAUGAAGAAGGGCAAGGAGUUUUACGUCAUCUUCGACUGCUCCUACCAAACCUCGGCUGACGUCCUCAAGCAGAUCCUGUCCAUGGGGAUGAUGACGGAAUAUUACCACUUUUUCUUCACCACGCUGGACCUGUUUGCGCUGGACCUGGAGCCGUACCGCUACAGCGGCGUCAACAUGACGGGCUUCCGGCUGCUCAACAUCGACAACCCCAAGGUGGCCUCGGUGGUGGAGAGGUGGGCCACGGAGCGGCUGCAGGCCCCCUCCAAAGCCGAGACGGGAAUGAUGGAAGGCAUGAUGACGACGGAAGCGUCUCUGAUGUACGACGCCGUCUACAUGGUGGCGGCGGCCUCGCAGCGCGCCGCCCAGAUCACCGUCAGCUCGCUUCAGUGCCACCGCCACAAGCCCUGGCGCUUCGGGGCGCGCUUCAUGAACAUGCUCAAAGACGUGCAGUGGAACGGCCUGACGGGCCAAAUCGUCAUUAACAAGACAGACGGCCUGCGCAAAGAUUUUGAUUUGGACGUGAUCAGCCUGAAGGAGGACGGCUUGGAGAAGAUAAUCGCAGGCAACAAUCGCCUGAAUAAAGUAUGGAAAAAGAUCGGCGUGUGGAACUCCCAGACCGGCCUUAAUUUAACAGAAAACAACAAGGACUCGGGCACAAACGUCACCGACUCCAUGGCCAACAGGACCCUCAUCGUCACCACCAUUCUGGAAAAUCCCUACGUGAUGCACAAGAAGUCGGACAAGCCGCUGUACGGAAACGACCGCUUUGAGGGAUACUGCCUGGACCUCCUCAAGGAGCUCUCCAACAUCCUGGGCUUCUCCUACGAGGUCAAGCUGGUGACCGACGGCAAGUACGGCGCUCAGAACGACAAAGGGGAGUGGAACGGCAUGGUGCGCGAGCUCAUUGACCACGUCGCCGACUUGGCCGUGGCCCCCCUCACCAUCACCUACGUGAGGGAGAAGGUGAUUGACUUCUCCAAGCCCUUCAUGACGCUGGGCAUCAGCAUUCUCUACCACAAGCCCAACGGCACCAACCCGGGCGUUUUCUCCUUCCUCAACCCGCUGUCGCCUGAUAUCUGGAUGUACGUGCUGCUGGCCUGCCUCGGCGUCAGCUGCGUGCUCUUUGUUAUUGCCAGGUUCACGCCGUACGAGUGGUACAAUCCUCACCCUUGCAACCCCGACUCGGACGUGGUGGAAAACAAUUUCACCCUCAUCAACAGCGUGUGGUUCGGCGUCGGGGCACUCAUGCAGCAAGGUUCCGAGCUGAUGCCCAAGGCCCUGUCCACCAGGAUCGUGGGUGGGAUCUGGUGGUUCUUCACGCUGAUCAUUAUAUCCUCCUACACUGCCAACUUGGCUGCCUUUCUGACGGUGGAGAGAAUGGAUUCGCCCAUCGACUCCGCCGACGACUUGGCCAAGCAAACCAAAAUAGAGUACGGCGCCGUCAGAGACGGCUCCACCAUGACCUUUUUCAAGAAAUCCAAGAUCUCCACCUACGAGAAGAUGUGGGCCUUCAUGAGCAGCCGGAAAAACACUGCCUUGGUGAAGAACAACCGCGAGGGCAUCCAGAGGGUCCUCACCACUGACUACGCUCUCCUGAUGGAGUCCACCAGCAUUGAGUACAUCAGCCAGCGCAACUGCAACCUCACGCAGAUCGGGGGUCUGAUCGAUUCCAAGGGUUACGGCGUGGGAACACCGAUAGGCUCCCCUUACAGAGACAAAGUGACCAUCGCCAUCCUGCAGCUUCAGGAGGAAGGCAAGCUGCACAUGAUGAAGGAGAAGUGGUGGCGGGGUAACGGCUGCCCCGAGGAGGACAGCAAAGAGGCCAGCGCUCUGGGCGUGGAGAACAUCGGCGGAAUCUUCAUCGUGCUGGCGGCCGGCCUGGUCCUCUCCGUGUUCGUGGCUAUCGGAGAGUUUAUUUACAAAUCCAGGAAAAACUUGGACAUCGAGGAGGUGAGCGUCGGCCAGUGCGAGUGGCACAAUAAGUAUUGACGCGCUCCAACCUUUGACGGAAAAGAUCCAAAUGUGUCCAACUGCAUUGUUACAAUCAAAACGUUUCAAGUUUAGCGAUUUCUGUAGUUUUGAUGGAAAGCUCAUGAAUAUUUGAAUUGGACGAAUACGUGGAAGGAAAAAAAAAAAGAAGUCCUUUGAGGGAAUAAUAGACAUCAUGAUGCUUUACCAUCACGGCCUUUGUGUUUUGAUGCAAAGCAAACAACAAGACAAAUGUGAGGUCAAAUGGCAUUUUGUUGCAUUUGCAUAUUUCAAACAAAAUGGUGUGCAAUACCUUCUACCGUGUUUUUUGCACCUAUACGUAUUUCACAACAUUGUUUCAGUGAAUCUUCUUUGGUUGUAUCUCUCAAGUUUCUGUUUUUUUCUCUCUUGAGCGAAAACAAAAGUGACAUCCUUUCGAACCCUUUGAUCGCUGCUUGUUUGGUAUUGCUGUGUUGAGUUUCUUAUUUUGUCCCCUUUUGCUGCCAUUUCAAAUCACGCUCAAAACAUUUUGGGUACAUGAUUUCACAUAUUACAUCACUCACUGCAAGCUAUGUCUUACUUUUGGCAUGCCUGAGGCUUCCUUAAGGCCAUGACGACCAUCAAACCACUCCGCUGUAUCCAAGCCAAUUAUUUUCUAUUAACUGCUGAUUAAAUGUCAGAUUUGAGCUCACUGGUACUUUGACUCGCCAAAAGUGUUUGAGACAAUUAGCAAGAUAAUAAAGACAAGGAAAACAUUAGCGCACAGUA